GUCGAACCAGACCAGAUAGCGGAACGGCAGCGUCGCGUCGGCCGGCGGCACCCUCCCAACGCCACAGACGAGAUCCGAAGCCGACCCACCCCCGCACUCCACCGGCAGCAGAGCAGCGCCGCCGCCACCACCUCCGAUCCAGCCACCCCCGCAAGCGAUGGCGCUCCUGUCGCCGGGCAGCCCCACGGCGCGGCUGCUCACGGUGCCGUCGCUGCUCCUGCUGCUCUCCUGCGCCGCGCUUCUCGUCUUCCUCCUCCUCCCGGGCCUCUCCCCUUCCCCGUCCCCCUCCGCGGGCGCCCACCUCUGCGCCUGCGCCGACCCCGUCACCACCCACACCACCACCAGCGUCACCACCACCACCACCACCGCCUCCCCCGCGCCCGUCGCCACCUCCCCCGACGACGUCGCCUGGCUCAAGGCGCAGCUCGCCUCCAACUCGCUCGCCCUCCUUCUCGCAUCCGCCGGGGACGACGCCUGGCACCGCCUCCGCAAGGGCAUCAACCCCCGCACCCGCCAGCAGCAGCUCUUCGACAUCAACAGGCACCACGGGAUCUCUCAUUACCCCGAUGAAGAGGCGACCAACCACACGGCGCUGCCUUGCCCCGGGGAGCUCCUAGUCGAGGAGCACCACAGUAACUACGGCGAGCCAUGGGCCGGUGGCCGCGAUGUUUUCGAGUUCCUUGCGAAUGCCUCUGCUCUCGUGCCCAGGGACCAGGUCCUUGAAAUCGGGUGUGGGACGCUCCGUGUUGGUCUGCAUUUCAUCCGGUUCCUUGAGACCGGGAGGUUCCACUGCCUGGAGCGUGAUGAGCUGUCCCUCAUGGCUGCGCUUCGUUAUGAGCUGCCAUCGCAGGGGCUGUUGUACAAGCGGCCGAUGAUUGUCAGAGGGGAGGAUAUGGAUUUCAGUAAGUUCGGGGAUACGGUUAUGUAUGAUCUUAUUUAUGCGAGUGCCGUGUUCCUCCAUAUUCCAGAUAAGCUUGUUUGGACCGGGCUUGAGAGGCUUGCUGGGAAGCUGAGGCCACAGAGAGGCAGGAUUUUUGUGUCACAUAACAUUAAGUUCUGCUCAAGGUUGGGCGGUGACGAGUGCACACGUCGACUUGCGGAACUGGGGCUUGAGUAUGUUGGCAAGCACACUCAUGAUAGCUUGUUGUUUAACCAUUACGAGAUAUGGUUUGAAUUUCGAAGGCCAAAAGUUUAGAUCUUGAUGGUUCAGGAAGGUAGAUACGUUUGGUUUCUGUUUUGUGAUUUUGGAUGCGUGAAGCAAAGAGCAAGCCAUGCCCUGUACGCUAAUGAGUUCUGACCUUGGAUCAAGAUCACUGUUUGCUCUGCCUGAGUUGGAGGAUGUCCACAAAAGAUCAUGGCGGAAAGGUACCACUGCACUCGAGUCACAUUACAUUUCAGUGAGUGGCUGUGGAAGUCUUUAGCUUUAGUUACCACCAAUUAUUGGUUGUACUGUAAUUUCAGUGAUGUUUAUGGUAGUUAGGGCCAAACUAGUAUGCUAUACAUUUUUCAGUCCAACAGCUGCCUACAAUGGUCGAGCAGCAGUUGUAUCACCAAGCAAGGUUUAUGUAUUUAAUGAAAGGCCUUUUACCAAUGAGUACUGGAAUACACUUUGUUAUGCUAUAUGAUAUCUUCAUAAAUAGUCAGAUGCA